CAGGGCUGGCCACCACAUCCUGGACCAGCCUCUACUCCACCUACCUUUUCCCCUGUUCACAGUUGAGGCUGGGCAGCCCAGGACAGAGCUGAAGACCCACCAUGGACCUCACAGUCACUUUCUUCAUCUCCACUGGGCUGUGUCUGCACUGGGCAGUGAAGGCACAGAUGGACACCGUUCCCAGGCCCACUCUCUGCGCUGUCUCAAGUUCUGUGGUCCGCAAGGGAGCAGAUGUGACCCUUAGGUGCCAGGGCCACCUGGGGAGUGACAGAUUCCAGCUCUGGAAGGAUGGAGAGCUCAGAGAUGAGAGAAAUGCAUCCUGGAAGAAGGCAGAGUUCUUGCUCAGGAAUGUGGAUGAGUGGAGAGAUGCAAGAAGCUACAGCUGCCGCUCUGGACAGGGGCCAUGGUGGUCAGAGUUCAGUGAAGCCCUGGCCCUGGUGGUGACAGGAGCCCUCCCCAAACCCUCCAUUUCAGCCUCACAUAGCUCUGUAAUACUCCCAGGGACAACAGUGACCAUCAGAUGCCAAAUAUCACCACAGGCUCCCUCUCAGGACUACAGUUUUGCUCUACUGGACGCAAUGAGCCUGGAGCCCUUCCAGCGACAGAGCCCUCCAGGGACCCAAGCUAAUUUCUCAUUUCUGUCUGUGAGGCCUGAGGAUGCAGGGAGCUACAGCUGUAUUUACCACAGGAAGACAGCCCCCCACAGGGGGUCACAUCUCAGUGAGACUCUGGAGCUGAUUGUGCCUGGACUACUCCCCAAGCCCACCCUCUGGGCCAAACCUAGCCUCGUGGUGGCCCCAGGGGCCAACGUCACUCUCCAGUGCUCAAGGCCCAAGCUGUCUUCCCUUAAAGAUGUGACUUUCACUCUGUGGAAGGCUGGGACCCAGAUGCCUUUACAGCAGCAGACCUCAGUAGAUCUCUGGACUAGCUUCCUGCUCCCAUCUGUGAGACCUGAGGAUACUGGGUGCUAUAGCUGUACCUACAGAGAAAGGACAAUGCUUACUAGAAGAUCAAAGAACAGUGAUGCCCUGGAGCUGGUGGUGCCAGAUGCACUUCCCAAGCCUUCCAUCUCAGCCUUGCCUGGCCCAGAGGUGGCCUCAGGAGCCAAUGUGACACUCCUCUGCUGGGGACCCUCAUGGACCACUAGGAUUGUCCUGUACAAGGAGGGCCAUGAGAACAUCUUACAGAGCAUGGCUAUCGAUCAAGAUGGAGCCCAGUUCUUCCUGACUCGUGUGACUUCCAAGGACUCUGGAAACUAUAGCUGUGGCUACCAGCUUCUCAUCAAUGGAAGUCUCAGGACACAACACAGUGACCCACUGCAGCUGAAUGUGACAGGUUCAGAGCCCAGUAAUACCCUCAUUAUCACCCUCAGCUGUGUUUCUUUCCUCCUCUGCCUUCUCUUGCUGGCAAUGCUCUGCCAAGGAUCCAUUCCUAUGGGGUCUUUACAAGGAGAAAGCCUUAGGAGGGGUCUUUGUUGUCCUUGUCUUUCUUGGAGUACCUGCCUGCCACAUCAUCCUGAGGUCCCCAUAGAGGAGACCCUGUAUACAGAAGUGGCCAAGAAGAGAACAAGAGAACCAUUGGUCCCCAUGGCUGAAGACCCCCAGGGAAUUACCUAUGCUCAGCUGAACAGAAGAACCUUGAAUGAGAGGAAAACUGAUCACACAAAGACACCACCAGAGCCCACCAUCUUUUCCUCUCUGACCAGGGACUGAGGAUUUGGGCACCUUGCACAGAAAAAAUUCUCUCCCAUCCUCUCCUCUCCCAUCUCUUCUCCUCUCUCUCAUCCCUAUUUCAUCUGUUUUUCUAGUACAUCCUCCCCAGGUUUCCACCAUCCCAUCAUGAUAUGCCAUGAUGCCUAUUUGGGUUUCCAUUUCUAGAUUUGUGCAAAGCAAGUGCAUCCAUCUAUGAUAAUGAGAAACAUACAAGAUAUAUACAAAGUAAAAAGGGGACAAUCAUCUCAAAGGGCAAGUCACUAGCAGCAGUGGGGACCAGACAAGGCCUUCUGAAUUAGUCUGCAUUGGAGCUAAGUUUUAAAGGAAUCCAGGCAAACUAAAAGGCAGAUUACAGGAAAGAUAACGUGCCAGGCAUAAGGGGACAGCCACCGCAAAGGCAUGGAGUUAGGAGACUAUUGUGUACAAGGACAAAAAGUAUUAGCCAUUGUAGCUGGUUCAUAGAAUGAGUAGAGGGAAAUGAAGUGUAAAGAGAUUGGAUAAGGAGGAAACCACUGAGGCUCACUGCCUUACUGCUAUCCUCUCUUCUUCCCUCAGAUUAAUCCCCUCUAUCCAGUCUGGUGCCAAGCCUGUGUUUUCCAUCUCCAUAACAUCUCUUGUAUAUGUCCCUUUCUCUCCAAUCACAUAGCUCCUACCCUGGGGCUCACUUCACAUGUGCGCUAUUACGAUUGUGUGCUGGUGGGUCUGCCUGCCACCAGUCUCUCCCUCUGCACUCCACUGUCCAUUCAGUCAGCAACUUGAUGUUUUUAAAGUGCAGGUCUGACUAUGUCAGCCCCCUAGUCAACAAAUUGCAUUUGUUUCCUACAGACUCUAGGACUAAAUAUGAAAUCUACUGUCAUUCCAAACCCUUCAUGACCUCCCCCCAUGACCUUUUAACAUUUUUUACACCUUAUGUCCUCUCACACUCUCUUGGUGCAGGUGCCCUUUGGAUCUUUUACUGGAAUUCAUGUGGUUCAGUCUACCCUCCAACCAUUAGUUCAGAUAUUAGUACUUGAGAGGACAAUUAAUAUCACUUUUAUCUACUUGCAUGUGACAAAAAUCUACAUGAGGACUCCCAAACCAAUCCAUAUCAGCUGUUUUUAUUCCUUAAUUAUAUUAUAUGUUGUUUUUUCCUAGAUAAUUUUCAAGAAUGAGAGCAGGAAUUGUUGUAUUUUAUGUCUUUGUAUCUUACAGACUAGCCCAGUAACUGGUAAGGACUUGACAUUUAAUAAAUGUAUGAUUGAUA